GAGAAGCCCCACACGUGUGUGGAAUGUGGGAUGAGCUUCAGGUGGCGGUCCAGCCUGAAUCGCCACAGGAGGACCCACAGUGGAGAGAGGCCCCACGUGUGUGGGGAAUGUGGAAAGAGCUUUAAACUCAGGUCCUACCUGAGCAGCCACCAGAUGAUCCACACUGGGGAACAGCCCUACGAGUGUGGGGAGUGUGGAAAGAGAUUCAGUUGGAGCUCUGGCCUGAUCAGGCACCAGAGGACCCACACUGGGGAACGGCCCUACGAGUGUGAUCAAUGCAGGAAGAGGUUUCCGACCAGCUCCAAUCUCCUCCAGCACCAGCGCACGCACACAGAGGAGAGGCCCUUCCGCUGCCCCGACUGCGGGCAGGGCUUCAGGCAGAAUAUCAGUCUUGUCAGGCACCGACGCAUCCACACUGGGGAGAGACCACACGAGUGUGAGGAAUGUGGGAAGAGCUUCAGCCGGAGCUCCCACCUGAUCAGGCACCAGAGGACCCACACUGGGGAACGGCCCCACGAGUGUGGGGAGUGUGGGAAGAGCUUCACCUUGCGCUCUAGCCUGAUCUGUCACCAGCGCAUACACACUGGGGAGAGGCCCUACAAGUGUGAGGAAUGUGGGAAGGGCUUCACCCAGCACUCUAACCUGAUCUACCACCGGCGUAUCCACACUGGUGAGAGGCCCUACGAGUGUCCCAAGUGUGGGAAGAGCUUCUCACAGCGCUCUAACUUGAUCCAACACCAACGGAGGCACCGGUAA